CGCGCGCUCCCGCUCUCUCUUUCCAUUUCUCCCCGAGGGCUUGGGGGGAAGGGAAGGGGAAGAGUGCCCAGAGCCCCCGCACUUUUCUCUCUUCUCGACCCCCAGCAACUGAGGGAAGGAGAAAGAGAGAGCCGCCGCCGCCACCGUCUCCGGCUGUUCCCUCAUGAGAGACAGGAGGCUUUAAAGAAAUAAGCAUCUGUGCAACUUGGACCAAAGAAUUUGGCAAGAGAGAGAGAGAGAGAGAGAGGCUCAGGAUUGCCUGAAGAGAAGGGAUGAGAUAAUACAAGAGAAAACUUGUGGGCUGGAUGGGGAACCCAUGUGGCUUGCAUCCAACUGAUGGUCCUAAUUCCUGAGGUUAUUGGUCCCUGGUGCAGCCAAAUCCAAACAGGUUUGAAGAGUGGUGCAGACAUAGUUGUGCAAAUAUUUCUAAAUGAACAAUCAAAAGGAAGACAUGGAGAUUGCCUCCCAUUAUCAUCAUCUGCUUCAAGAACUCAAUGAGCAAAGACAGCACGGUAUACUCUGUGACGUUUGUAUCAUAGUGGAGGGGAAAAUUUUCAAGGCUCAUAAAAACAUUUUACUUGGGAGCAGCCGGUACUUCAAGACACUGUACUGCCAGGUGCAGAAGACCUCUGACCAGGCAACUGUCACUCAUUUAGACAUUGUAACAGCACAGGGCUUUAAAGCAAUCAUUGAUUUCAUGUACUCAGCACACCUUGCACUGACCAGCAGAAAUGUUAUUGAGGUGAUGUCAGCUGCUAGCUAUCUCCAGAUGACUGAUAUUGUACAAGCCUGUCAUAAUUUUAUAAAGGCUGCUCUUGACAUUAGCAUAAAAUCUGAUGCAUCAGACGAUCUUAUUGAUUAUGAAUUUGGGGCUUCUUCCAAUAGUAGCACAGACGCUUUGAUUUCAGCAGUGGUUGCUGGUAGGAGCAUAUCUCCCUGGUUAGCUCGACGGACAAGUCCAGCAAACUCCUCUGGUGAUUCAGCUAUUGCUAGCUGUCAUGAAGGAGGGAGCACAUAUGAAAAAGAGGAUCAAGAACCAAAAACAGAUAGUCACGAUGAUAUUUCAUCUCAGUCUCUUUGGGCUAGUGAUUUGGGCUAUGGAUCAUUACGUAUCAAAGAAGAGCAGAUCUCUCCAUCUCAUUAUGGAAGCAAUGAGCUCCAGACUACCAAAGAAAGUGCAAUGCAGAGUGCUUUCUCAGAACAGAGCGCUACAGACGGAUGGCAGCCCAAAGGGCGCAGAAAGAACAGGAAAAAUAAGGAUACUGUGCGGCAUAUUACACAGCAACUGGGAGAUGACAGCAGAACAAACUCUCCAGUCCCACCUUUUCUGUCUGUCUCUGGAUGGCCAUACAGCAGUCGAGACACAAGUGCGGACCUGACAGAGACAGAGCCCAGCAAUUCUGAUAGCAGAAUAGAAAGAGUGGACCUUUACUCAAAUGUUGAUGAAGCACUUCUAGAAGGUGAUGUCAAUUAUCUCUCUCAGCCUGUAACACCAGAGAAGGAAGAUGCACUUCAGGCUGUGGCACUUGCUAACCUCCGGGCAGCUCUUAUGAGCAAGAAUAGCUUAUUGUCAUUGAAAGCUGACAUGCUUGGAGAAGAGAGUUCUCUGCUCUUUGAAUACUUACCCAAAGGCACACAUUCAUUGUCUUUGAAUGAGUUCACGGUGAUCAGGAAGAAGUUCAAGUGCCCCUACUGCAGUUUCUCAGCCAUGCACCAGUGCAUCCUGAAGAGGCAUAUGCGGUCCCACACAGGAGAAAGACCUUACCCCUGUGAAAUCUGUGGGAAGAAAUUCACUCGCCGGGAACACAUGAAGCGACAUACCUUGGUUCACAGCAAAGACAAAAAAUAUGUUUGCAAAGUGUGCAACAGAGUGUUCAUGUCAGCAGCCAGUGUGGGGAUCAAGCAUGGCUCCCGGCGCCAUGGCAUUUGCAUAGAUUGUUCCGGGCAAGGCAUGGCCGGCCACCUAGACACGAGUGGAGGAGAUGGAUCACCAGAAGAACUGUAUGGCACAGAAAGCCAGUACAUGGAAGAUGCUGAGGACCUCAAGGCAGAAGGAGAUGAAGACAUAGGAGAUGACGAUGACAUAAAAUGGAAGGACGACAUAGAAAUCUCACAAGAUGAUGUGAUCUUGGAAGAUGACAAAGAUGAUGUUGCCUCUCCACAGGAGCAUCAGAACUCUGGAGAGACUGACAAGGAUUUCACUUGGAUUUCUUAGGCUGGGACAGGGAAGAGAAGGAAAAAACGCACGUAGUUCUGUACACUGAGACAAAGGCUUUUGUGCCUGGUGGUUUAAAAAAAAGCAGAAGGGAAAACAAGUUCUUUAUCUGUUCCAUCCAGAGACUGUAUCAGCAAACAUUUCCUGUGAUGGUACCACUUCCUUGCCCAUAGUUGUGCCGGGGCAAAAAAUUAUCCCUGUCUUUCAGUGGGAGUCACUCAGAUUGAAUGCAGGCUGUGUGGAGUUUCCUCCCUCAAAUAUUUUUCCACUGUCAGCUUCAAAGGCAGAGAACCCUUGCUUUCCAAACAAUAAUUAUAAAAACAUUUUUAAAAUAACUUGUUAUUCCCAACAGCAAGGGAUUUGGUAACAAGGUUACCAGAAGUAAACAAAGCAAGAGGGAGGAUUUAAGGAUUUCCCCUUGAAUAAUGUCUUUUGGGGUAUUGCAGCCUUCACUGGAAAAGAAGACUCUUGCCCUGAGGUCAUUUGAUAAAAGGAUUAAUUUGGCCUACUGACAUUUGAAAUAGAAGGAUGCCCAAAUCCACAGCUUGGUUCUUGAUGGGAGAAGAUGCAGGAAUACAUGGUGCAAAAGUGCCCCCUCAUGGUCUGGUUACAUCAAUGCACUUUUUUCUCUUUCAGUGUGUUUGUCUUGCUCUUCUUAUUCAAUGGUAUAUGCAAUUUUUCAAUUGAGCAUCCUGCCAAUACAGGAAGCCUAGUUACCACCUGCUUUGCCAAUUCUAUAGAGUGUGUGGUGUGUGCAUGUGUGUGAGAGAGAUUUUGGAAGCUCUCCUUUCCCAUGGCAGCUGUAUCAAUCCUUGCUCUUCCAUCUAGCAGGUCAGAGGGGAUUGUGGGGACUUCAAACAUGGCACAGUCCACCAUCAGAACAAUCCAAGGUAGCUCUGUGAGGUUGCUUCUCCUAGUAGCAAUUUUCUGAGUGCUGUUAAAGGCAACAGAAGUGGGUGAUGAACAGCUGCCCCAUUCAGCACAAUGCACCAGGAAUCCUAUGUAAGCCCCAUUUGAGACUAACUGAGGAGCUGCCCAAUGGCAUAAGGGAAGCCCAUGAAUUGAUAAGUGGCAAAGUUCCAUUUCUCAAGGCUGUCAUUGGCAGCCUUGAGAAAAUGUGCUAGCUCCUUUGGUCUUCUCUGGGAUGUUUCAUAGGUCUACAUUUUUAAAAAAGCAGUUUCUGAACUUAAGCAACCAACCAGAUUUCUGGUUCCAUCCCUAGCAGCAGGCCUCCCCCCCCCAGAACAUUUACAGAAAAGUGUUUUUAUUUAUUUAUUAUUAAAAUAUUUAUAUCCCCCCAUACCAAAGAGCUCAGGACAGGUCUUAAUUCUAAAAACUGAAGAGUGGUUUGGUUCUUGAUUGGUUAGUGCUACUUUUCUGAGGCAGCAUUUCAGCAGCCAAUUAGCCUCUAUCCUUUUGUACCUCUGCUGCUUCAUUAGGGGAGGGCAGCAUUUUUUAACAAAAAUGCUCACUGCUUUUUUUUGGCUGUAGAACAUAUAUUUAUAUAAACUAUGAAGAAUGAUUAAGCUUCAAACCUUUUACAAGAAGCAACCUACAAAACCAGGGAGCCAAAAAAAGGUGCUAAUUUUUAAUUUUGUCAUUAUUUUCUGGACUAAGGGAGACAGAAUUCUUAGAUCAUAUAACAUUUCUGAAGAACAAUUAAAGUCUGUUCUGUACCGCUUCCCUAAUCUAGCAUUGAAUCUUGGAACCAUAUGAAUGUAAUGAAUAAAGUUGGCAAGUCACAGUGAAGGAGCAGAGACAUUAACUGCAACUUCACUUUUAGAAGUGAGUAGAGGAGGAGGUGAUCAUCAAGCAAAAAUUCUGGCAUUGACAGUUCUUGAGGGAGGCAUCCGGGAUCACAAGUGCUGUAUUUUGUUUUGUUUUUCUCCAAGGGGCUGCAUGAUUAGAUACAGAGGUGUUUUUUUAAAAAAAAUUAGAUAUACGCACCCACCCAGUGUAUCAAUGAACCUGCUGUCAAAUGGUUUCACAUUUGUUAGAGGGAUUUAGGGUGUGUCUACCUGUGUUGCUUGAAAUUGAUACUAUUUAGUAGGAACGCAGGUGCCUACAGGGACAUGCUGCAAGACAGCUGUACUGUUCAGGAUGCUCCCAUCUCAUUUUGAACUUCAAGUACACUCUCUGCUUGAAGUGAUGCAGAAACCUGCAAACACAAUUUGUUGGAAGUGGUUGAUAACUAAUAUAAUAUAUAAGUCCACAGUUGUGGACUCUGAAAAAUUAGUAUCUGUAGACCUUAGUAUCUGUAGACCCCCUGAUAUCAAAGCAAGCAAAAUAACCCCAAAUAUUGUUUGUAAAAAGGGACAUGGCAUUCCUCCUCCAGAAAAACAUCACAUCUAGCUUUUACAAAUCGAAAGAAGAUAGUUUUUUGUGACCUUUGGAUACUAAAAUGCCUUCUGCUGAACAGUACCACUGUUUCCACUUUUCACCUUCCUUCCUUGGGAUACAACAGAGAGAACUGGGAAGUAAAUGCACCAGUUGUGUUCUGCUGUACAGCUCUCUUUCUUGUCCAUUUCAUCUCACUUCUUAGUUUGCCAUAUCCCUACACUUUACAUACCCUGUAGAGCAGUAUUGUAGACAGUUUUUCUGAAGUCACACUUAGUCUUUUCUAAAGAAAAGUUAAAUUAAGUGCCUGUGGUAUCUUCAGCUGUUAGAACAGGAUGAAGAAUGCUGUGAAAAUAAUGUGCACCAUGGCUUUGCUUAAGAGAACACAGCGUGGCUAACCAAAUAAUUUUAAAUCAUCUCUGAGGGACAGUAAAGGUGAUAGGGUAGAAAAGAAUCAUUUUUACAGAACUGUGAGACUUCUUGCCUUUUGAUUUGUUGUAAAGGCUUAUUAUAAUUUAACUAGAAAAGCAAUAUUCUGGGGUUGGACUAUUGUGUACUUUCCUAAAUGACGGAGAGAACUCAGUGGUUCAGCCCACUGUGCAGAAUACAAAAUAGAGACUUUGCUUUGUAGUUUUCAGCUGGUAAUGUUUCACUGGUGGCUCUAAAAAUACUGGAGAUUUUGGACACCAUUUCUUACCUGGAAUUAAGGACAUCAGGAUUUGGGGAGUUCUGCAGCUAGUCAUCAAUAGGACUGUUUUAAACAUAGGAAUUCUUGAGUUUGUAAGGCAUCCCAUUGUUCUGCCCCUCUGACUUGAGUUGGAUUUCUGCUAUCCCAUUUGGCAUAUCUCUAACGUUGGCUUACUAUGGGAUCAGUUUCACUUGUUGCUACCACAUCAACUAAAAGUGCAGAAAGUGUCCUGUAGAAGGGGGGAUGGGGCAAUUUGGCUGCUGGUCUCUUGACCACCACCUCUUCUCUGCCAUUGCAUAUUUUGUGAUCUAGACCAUACAAUUGACUCGCCUGUGGUCUAAAAUGCAGAGUGAAAAGGAAUCUACUGUAGGGUUUUUGCAUUUUCUCGAUUGCCUCAAAUGGACACUCUCCCAGCAAGGUGUUCAUGGACAUGCCCCUGGCAGGAGGAAAGAUAAUACAUUCUCGCAUCCAUUUUGAAGGAGUUUUAGCAGGAGCCAUCUUGACAGAUUGUGAGUGAGACUCCAGACAGGUUUAGAGCUGAAUUGGUCUAUAGCUAUUGUACUGCUGGCCAAGGAAGGAGACUUGUCUGAUCUCAUACAGACUUGUUAACAGCUGCCUCCCAUUUUUUAUGACAAAGGGCUGAUCUGCAUCUGCCAGAAUAUUCUGGGCUGUUCCUGGAGUAUUCUGGCUCCAAAUCCCCCUCUUACCUGCCCCAUGUUUUUGGUGAACAAUGGGUGACAGCCUUCUCACAUGGUCCCUGCAAGCUGGCCACUGCGGAUGCAAACUGCUCUGAGGUCAGAGCAAGGUGACCAACUCCAUGGGAAAGGAGCUGGCCAUCAUUGCUGGGGUUUCUGGAAAAUCUGAAGCAAAGGUAAGCCACUGUGUAAACAAUUCAGACACGAUUUGGGAUUUGGGGCUUGCGUAAUAUAAACAGCACACAGCAAGUCUGGGAGAGAAUUCAGGGUUUAUAAAUAACGUAGACAGGCCCAACAGCUUGCUUACCAGGUGAUGAAGGACUGAUAGUUUCAUUCCCUUUUCUGCCUCCUUUGAGGACUGUGUAUUGUAUUAUUAUUAUUAUUAUUAUUAUUAUUAUUAUUAUUUUGAAGGCAGGGAAUUUUUGUGGGCAAAAACAUUGUGUGUGUGCGUGUGCAUAUACCGGGAACUUUUCUUGUUCCAGUGAAUGGAGAUGUUAAACAAAGCCAGCACAGGGAGGUUUCUUCCAGAUUUCAAACCCUGUAUGUUUUGCUUCUGCAUCAGAAUUUAGCAUAUCUAGGCAAAACAGAGCCACCUUCAGAUAAAAUAUUGGGCUUCCCAACAUAGAUUUCAUGCUUCCAGUUUUGUACAUUUUCCUUUUAAAAACAUAUAAAAAUUAUUAUUAAAGAGACAAAGCAGCUCCUAUUUUUUAAAAAUACAGAAAAUGGAGGGGAAAACCUUUGCAAUAUUGAAAAUACUGUAUUCUUAUUUUAGUCCAUUCAUUCUGUGAAACGUGAAAAUUUUAAGAAAUCCAUGUUGAAUGGUUUUGUUAAUUUUUGAUUUUCUAGAAUCUUAAAUGUGUGGUUUGGAUUUCUGCCUUUUAAAAACAUUUCUUCCUGGUUAGAGAUGCAGUGAGUCUCCUUUCAUAAAUAUAUAUAUAUAUAUAUUUAUUUUUCUGAGUGCUUUAAACCUGUCUCCUGAAAAUAAUGAAAUCAAACAAAUGAAGGACAGUGUUUGGACACUGAUUUUUUUUUCCUGCAAAUAUUCUAUAUUAUACUGACUUUAUAUAUUAUUAUAAACCUGUGUUUGUUAUUGAAAUGUUUAAUACUGGAAUGGGGGAAAGUUAGGGUUAUGUGGAGAUUUUAGUAUCUACCUGAGUUUCUACUGAUUUUCUGUCAGUUUAAUUCAGGUAACCAUGACUAUAUAUAUAAUCAAUCACAUGCCAGGCCUGCCUGUCUGAUUAUAUUUGCUAUGUCAUGGAAUUAGCAUAGAGAAAUUUGCAACAGUCUGUUUGAAUAAAAUUGAAAUACUGCUGCUAAAGAUGUCUCUUUUUAAAAACAAAACAAAACAUUAGCACACUUUAUAAUGAGAUCCAGGAUGCUGUAGUGGUUAGAGUGUUGGACUACAACUCUGGAGACCAGGGUUCGAAUCCCUCCUCAGCCAU